AUGAGCGUGUCCACGGGGAACCACGAGGCGAGAAAGGCAUUCGUCAACCCUGAGCAUGGCCAUGAAGAUUUGAUUGAGCUUCUCUGGAAUUGCCUGGGGCCUAGCCCCGAUGGCGAGCUCGACUACAAUGGCUUGCAGCGGGGUUUCCGGCGGCUCGACCAUCCUAUGAAGAAUGCGGACUCGAUGGUCAAGAAUAUACUGCAAGAGGUCGACAGCAACGGCGACGGCAAAAUCCAAUAUCAAGAGUUUAGAAGCUUCGUCAAGCGCGCGGAACGAGAACUUUCUUCGCUGUUCAAGGCGAUUGACAAGGAUGGCAACGGGAAACUCGACAUGGCGGAGCUCAAGGCCGCCUUCAAAACCGCGGGCCUAACCGUCUCUAGCAAGAAGCUCGACUGCUUCUUCAACGAUAUGGACGUCAAUCACGAUGGAUAUAUUACAUAUGAGGAAUGGAGAUAUUUCAUGCUCUUCAUGCCCGCUCACGAAGCCGACUCGAAACUGCAAGCUGUGCUAACAUAUUACGACGCCGUGGUCACUGUCACAUCUGAAGGCGACUCUGUCGUGAGUGAUGAUACCUUGGAAGGCUUAGGUACGGAAAGCACUUCCAGAUCUCUUUUUGACUCUCUCUUUGGCUCUCUGCUCAGGAUAGCCUCCCCUGUGCCUCCUCCUCCCCACACCUCACCAGCGUACGGUGCUUCGCAACCAUCAUUAGCAACCUCAGCAUCGUCGUCAUCAAUAGGCGAGGGGGAGUCAAUCAUGGUUCUGAUGGAUGACGACGCAGAGGGGUGGGCAGAUGUUGCCGCGAAACUACAAAGAAGAAACCCCAGCGAUGGCAACCCAAUACUUGAAGAGACUGAAGAUGGCAAUACCGAGGUUUCCACCAGAUCAUAUACACUGACAGACUUUGCCCCUCAUCCAGGUUACUUCCUUGCGGGUGCCAUUGCUGGAGGUGUGUCGCGAACUGCAACCGCGCCUCUGGACCGAUUAAAGGUCUAUCUACUCGUGAACACGCAAAGCCAUGGCGAAACGGCGGUGGCUGCGUUCAAGAGGGGCCAGCCGCUGAUUGCCCUAAAAAACGCAGCGCGGCCAUUUGGUGAUGCCAUCAGAGAUGUGUAUCGGUCGGGAGGACUGCGCGGCUUCUUUGCUGGCAACGGGUUAAACGUAAUCAAGAUCAUGCCCGAGACGGCAAUCAAAUUCGGCUCGUAUGAAGCCGCCAAGAGAGCAUUUGCAAACCUCGAAGGUCAUGGAGACCCGCAAAAGAUCAACACUUUGUCGAGAUUCACCGCUGGCGGCGUAGCGGGCAUGAUUGCACAAUUCUGCGUGUACCCUCUUGACACGUUGAAAUUCCGACUGCAAUGCUCGACGGUUGAGGGUGGCCCCAAAGGUGUCGCGUUGAUGAAGCAGACGGCCAUGAAGAUGUACGCGGACGGCGGUCUCCGUGCAGGGUAUCGUGGUGUUACGAUGGGAUUGGUGGGCAUGUUCCCGUACAGCGCGAUUGACAUGAGCACGUUUGAAUUUCUCAAAAAAACGUACCGUGCGAAGCUUGCCAAGGAGACGGGCUGCCACGAAGAUGAUGUCGAGAUUGGCAACGUGGCGACUGGCAUCAUCGGAGCGACAUCUGGGGCGUUUGGAGCGACGGUGGUGUAUCCGCUCAACGUUGUGCGGACGCGACUGCAGACACAAGGCACGGCGAUGCACAGGGCGACGUAUACCGGCAUCUGGGACGUGACGCAAAAGACGAUCCAGAAAGAGGGUUUGCGAGGUCUGUACAAGGGCCUGGCACCGAACCUGCUCAAGGUGGCACCGGCGCUGAGCAUAACGUGGGUUGUGUAUGAGAAUUCGAAAAAGCUUCUCGGGCUGCAUUAG